CAUAUACCAGCAAUCAUCACAAUUGCCAUGCUCGUUUGUUAUUAUUUUUUUGGAAAAAUCUAAAACGUGUUGAGCAACGGACGUGAAUUUUACCGUAGAUAUACUAAAGAAAUUUAUGAAAGCCUUUCGUAGACAAUCUCAAAAUGACCGAUAUAAUCGAAAACUUAGAACAUGAUCGAGAUAUCAUUCCUUCCGAAGAAAUAGAGGAGCAGUUCAGCAAAAAAUACCAUUUACUCACAGAAACAGCAGUAACACUUAAAACAACAUAUGUUGAUACAAUCAGUGUCAGUAGAGCAUUAAAAGUUGGAGUAAGUCUCGAAGAUAACACAUUAGAAGUAUAUGAAUUAAAUAGUUCAUCAUUACAACAUGUAAGUCGUUUACAAGGCCAUGACAAAAAAAUUACUGAGGUUUGUUUUCAUCCCAAGCAGGAAAGCCUUUUAUUUUCUACGGGUCUAGACGGUUACAUUAAGUUAUGGGAUAUACGAAUGAAUGGCGAAUGUGUUCAGGAGUUUAAAGAAGAUGCUGACUCCCCAAUCAGGCCCUACGAGUGUAUGGAUGUAUCAGACAAAGGAAAUGUGUUUUGUACAGGCAGUCAACUUGUAAAAGAUGAGUCUUAUAUUGUUUUUUGGGAUCCUCGUACAACAAAACCCUUGGGGGCUUACUGGGAAAGUCAUACUGAAGACAUCAUUCAGGUGAAAUUUAAACCAAAUACUAAUACAGUUUUGACAUCUGGGGCUACUGAUGGUCUUAUCAAUAUAUUUAACCUGUUGGAACAUGAAGAAGACAGUGCCCUGCUUUACUCACUGAAUGUUGGCAACUCUGUGGAGAAACUUACUUGGCUCAAUGACGACCAACUGGGCUGCGUUACACAGUCUGAUGACCUACAGAUAUGGAACACAGCUACUGGUGACAUGAUCAAAGAAUAUAGUAGAGAUAAAGUUGCUAGGAGUAUAAAGAGGAGCAGAGAUGACGAUUGUUAUGUGGUAAACAUGUUCCCUGGUCCUGACAAUAAUAACUGGCUGCUGGCUGGCUCUCAUGGUGGAAAUGGCAACACUCUGAGGUCACUUAGUAUCGGUGACAAACGCUUAACGCCUAGCACAGACUUUGUCAACAACAAGCAAAUUGUUAGAUGCUGCCACUUUGAUACACAUAACAACCUCUUAAUAACAGCAGGUGAGUCGGGACUAAUCAGCGUAUGGAAUGAAGAGCAAUCACACGAACGUGACGUCACGCAUGUGCACAAAAACGAUAAGUUGCAUGCACAUAGACAUAGACCAUACUAGUUAUUUUCCCAAAUAAACUAUAAUGCUACUAGGACUUUUAUUACGUUAGUCAACGUUUAAGAUCUAGACUAUAAAAACAGUAUAACGACAGGUAGUACCGUGUUAAUAUAGACCUUAUUAUAAAACGUGUAAAUAUCCAGUAUAUUAAACACAUAAAAUGUCAACGACGAAACCAUAGUUCGCCUCCUGCAAGCGAUAAACUCACAAUUUUUUAAAAGAAAUCAUGCAAAGCUGGUACAAAAUACUGUAAUUUAUAUAUAAGGAUUGUGGCUUUCGUGCGUAAAAAAUAAUUCGAAUAACUGCUCGUUGUCUACAGUCGCCGACGCAGUAAUUCUUAAUAUCAUUUUGCGCUUCUAGGCGUAACUUGAAUUUUUUGAACGGGCAGGAGGCUCACCUGAUAUUAAGUGAUAUUGCCGCCCAUAGACACUCACAUUGGCACGUAAGCGGCCAUAUUUUUUUGUUUGAUAGCUGCUUAUAUAUUAUAUUGUUUCAUCUUUCCUUAUAUAUUCUCAUCCAUAUUGAUUAUAAUAAAUACUAUGAGUAUGAAAAUUGUUCCUCAUAUAUAAGUCAUAAGUCUGAAGUGUGCUUAUUUUUACGUUGCAUGAACUCCCUACAAAAGUGUAUUGGCCAAUAUAGUAAUGAUAAUUGUAUAAAUAAAACAUUUUAAUAUU